AUGGCAACAAGUAGAGUAGGAGCAUCCACAAUUUUUGUCCACCGGCCCAUUUCCUGGAUCCACCGUACGGGACGUCCAGGAGAAGGGGCGAAAGAGGGAAAGGGGGAGGGGGGGAGCGACGACGACCGUGAACCUGACCAAUGGCGAGCCGUCGCGCCUGGCAACGUCAAAGGACGGCGUGCAGCAAGUUCACCGUCGACGGCGUCGGUAAAGCCGAACUUGGCCCAGUUCGCGAUGAUCCAGCGUCCGGAGCAAAACGGGAACGCGGGCGCCGUCGUCGUGACGGUGGCGCCGCCGUCGUCGUCUUCCCGUACAACGUCCCCCGAUAAAAACGUCGGCCGACUGAACGUUCCGGUAGCGACGACGUCCAGGACGCCGAGUCCGAUGAUCGACGUGCAUCCCGGUUCACCUGUAGACGCUGCUCAACGGCCGACUAAUGAUACGGCUUGGUUAACAGCUUCGCUGGGACAACAGGCGGCCUUCACCUGGAAAUGGCUCCGAGAGAGGGCGUGCAGUCGACCGGUUACUCCUACGCGAAUGGAAGAUGACGAAGAUACUCAGAGACCUCUACAGGGACCAGUUCAAAUCAGCAACUCUAUGCCGGACUUGGCCGAGGAGAGCAAAAUGGACUACGUGCAGGAGUUUAAGGAGAUUGUAUCCAAAAAGGUUCUUCGCCAAACCACGCUCCCAAUUGUCUCAGAAAGACAUCAAACGUUCCAGAGGCAAUUUUCACACACCCUGGAUAUGCGCACUGAGAUCAAAUUUAGUAUUUGUAGUCUGGAUAAAAACCAUAGCAAUUCGAAGAUCGGAAUCAUCCAACCGGAGCUUUACAAAAAAGAAAUGCUGCAGAGACAACCCUCCAUAAAGAGCGAAAAUGAAGUAAAGAUGGUCACAAAUGGUUUCUUACAUUUCGCUUUAAAGUACGAUAAAGAACUUGAAGGGCUCGUUGUUAAAAUUUUCGAAGCGAGAGAUUUACCUAUAAAGGACACUUUUGGCACUUGCGACCCUUAUGUUAAAAUACACCUUUUACCUGAUAGGAAAAAACGUUAUCAAACGAAAGUUCACCGUAAGAGCUUGAAUCCGAUCUUUAAUGAAACAUUCAUAUUUAGUGUAACAACGGAAGAACUAGAAUCCAGGUACCUCCAGCUAUCAAUUUAUGACUUUGACAGGUUCGCAAGACACGACCUGAUUGGUCACAUAACCGUGGACAACUUAUAUACCGUAGCCGAUUUUUCCCAGCAAGACUUUGAGUAUACGAUGCCGGUUCUUUGUCCGCCCGUGGAUGAAAUUAACUUGGGAGAACUGAUGGUUUGUCUGUGCUUUCUACCUAAAGCUGGCCGGCUAACAAUAACAAUUAUUAAAGGGCGUAAUUUUAAAGCGAUGGAUAUAACUGGAAAAUCCGAUCCGUACGUAAAAGUGUAUCUAAUUUGGCAAGGGAGGAAGCUAAAGAAAAAGAAAACAACGGUGCGUCACAACACCCUCUUCCCCGUGUUUAACGAGGCUCUCGUAUUCGACGUGCCCACCGAAAAUAUCAACGAAGUGAGUUUGUUGGUUAAGGUUAUUGAUUACGACAGGAUCGGCCAAAAUGAAAUAAUGGGGUGUUUCACAAUCGGCCCAACCGAUCCAGGCAAAGGCCGAGAUCAUUGGCUAGAAAUGCUUGAGAAUGCCAGAAAACCGGUGGCACAAUGGUAUCCACUUCUGGAAACCGUACCCGUUGAUAUUCAUGACGAGAAAGAGACUCCAUUGUUACUAAAAUGCUGGAAGACUAGGUGAAAUACAAUCCUUUAACAUGAAAACUAGCCCAGUUGAUCUAGGAGAGCUGACGAUAAACGACGAAGAAUACUUGUUGAAAAAAAAAAUUUGAGCUCAUAAGCAACCGAGGCACGUGAUAUUGAUGUAGAUGAAACUAGUUUGGGAGAUGCCCUGAUGAUGGUUCUUUUGAGUAUAAAGUAGUACAUUGUCAAGACUAUGAGAAUUUUGACAUAAUAUGAUUCGAGUUUUGUAGUUGAUAAGCUGUUAACUUUGUGUAAGCGUAUACUACUCUUAAAACUAUAUCAAACUAUUUAUCAUAAGUUAGGUUCUCCAAAAUAUAUAUUUUGUACCUUAUUCAUUGUUGGUCUAACAAAAAAAAAUGUUAUAAGAAAUGAAUAUAUUUAUUAUAUUACAACUUGUUAAGCAUGUUUACUGUAACUUUUUCACUGUCGUAGCGUUUUUGAUACUGUCCUUUAUUGCAAAUUUUCGAUUUUUUUUUUUAAUAUUCCUCACUGUCUUUUAUGCAAUUUUCCUAGUAAAAGCGUGUGUGUAUUAAAAUUGAUACUUUAGGAAAUAAGUGAUUGUAACAAAGAAGAGCUUUGGCAUAAUUUGUAUGUAAACAAAAGUUUUUGAAGAUUAAAAAGUGCGUCACCAUGUGUAGCGAAAUUUCCCAAUUAAAAUUUAUAUAUGAAAGUAAAACCGUUGAUUGAAUAAUAGGUAUUAUUCAAUCAACGGUAAAACGAAUAUUUUCUUCGUAAAUAAUGACGUUCUUGCUACAUAACGUGAUUAAGUUUUUACAUCAAACUGACGCAAAUUAUUUCUUUAUAUCGCCAUAUACAACAUGUAAUUUUUAGCAAUAUAUAAUCUAUACAUAACUCAAUAUUUUAUCUCAGCUGAAUAAGUAUUUUAGUUAUGUACCGUAAACUGGGGCUACUUGCACACGUUUUCAGCACAUUUCCCAAUGUACCCCCGUACAUUGUAACUUUACAACUUUGCAAAAAUUACAUUGUACGGACCUAUUUAAGGGCUACCCAUGGCUGGUAUAAAAAUUGAAAGAAUGCAGCCAUUGGUCCCAAAAAAAAAUUUGUUUGUGGGGUGUGCAAGUUACCCCAUGGUUGGAGCAACUUGCACAUCCAUGAAAAAAUUGCAUUCUAAAGCAUAUUCUGUGCAUGUUACCCCUUAAUCAUAUGAAAAAAAAACCUAUAACAAGGGCCACCAUUACAACCAAUUAAAAAUCAAUAUUUUUAAAGAAAAUUAAUAUAUUGUCAAAAUAUAUGAAACUUAAAAACAAAUUCUGUACCUAUAAAUGCUUAGAAAUAUUAAUAAAAAGUUAUUAAAAAAUAAACAAACUUUACCUAGCAAAACUUUGGUAAAAUAAGGCACAUUCUUUGAAAAAAUCACAAGUGUAACAAAAACAAAACGUUGGCUAAUUAUUAUUGUCAACUAGGAAGUCCUUGUCGGCAUCACUGUCAUCGACUGGAGAUUCAUUGUCUUCCGAAUCCUCACACCAUUCGCAUUCAAAAUAAGGGUCUUUGCUGUCUUUAUUACAGGGUCCACAAAUCCAAGCUCGACACUUCGUGCAUUGUAUCCAAUCAAAUCCGCGCCUCUGUAGUCUUUCCAAUUAAUCUUGCAGAUACCAAACUGGGAGUUAUUAGUCUUUCUUUCUCUCUUGCUUUUCCUGGUAGGGAGUUGCUGAGUGCAUGGCAAAACGCUAGAUGAAAAUGGUCCUGGUUCUUCGGCUGUAGUUCGAAAUUCCUGAGGAACGGUUAGAGGAUUUUCAGAAAUAUUAGGGUCUGUAACAGUGCGAGACGCAUCACUUCCAUGUUCGACUUUUUUCCCCUUUUGCGUUUUUUCUCAACCCCUGUUCCACGGUGCUCUUUCAACAAAUCAACCAAGCUGUUGUCUAAGACUCUUUCGAUGUCUGCAUCUUCUAGUCCACCAGGAACGCGCUUCAAAACUUCGUCGGGAUUUGCAGGAUGCAAACCAGUUGCUCUAAAUCCUGAUUUGAGAUUCUCUGCUACAUUUUGACUUACCCCUUUCCACAACCUGUCCAGUAGGUUCGGAAAUUGUUCUUUCAGGACACAGCCUUGGAACCGCGACUCCUUUCUUCACUGAUCGCGAAUUUCUCUCCAUUUUCUUUUCAUAGGCGCAAAUACGGCCACAUCAAGGGGCUGCAUUAAAUCCGUGGCAUUGGCUGGGAAGGGAGUUAUGUAGAUGUUAUUUGUACCACAUGCCUCUAUCACCUGUGGCUUGCCAGGUUGUCACCAACGAGAAUCAUCUGGUCGUUAUUUUCUCUGGUGGAAGUUCAUGUCGAACCAUCCGCUCGCACUGCUCGCAUAUUUUGUUCCUCGUGGUCCACCAUUUGGCAUUUCCACAAACCAUUAAACUGAUCGUAGCCCGGGAAUGCUCUUGAACUCUUUCCACUCUCUUCGUGUUCCUUGGCACUACCACCUUCCUGGACCCAGCAUGUGUAACGUUGGUUUCAUCAUAGUUAUACAAAUUUGAGCUUUUCACUUCUCUAAUUGCUAAGUCAAUAUUAUUAAAGAAAUUUAAAACUUCAUUACGAUCCACUGAUGCUCUGGAUCUCUUUAUGUUUGAAGCCAUUCUAACGCUUAAAUGGUUCCUUAUUAUAAAUAAUUGUAAGAAAUCAGGUCCAGGGAAGUUAUUUUUGAAUAUUCGAAUAUUUUUUCCUUAUUUGUCCAAGAAUUUUUUUAUUACGUCACGAAUAUCAACUUUUGUGAGAGGAAAUCCCCAAUUUGCUACAACACCCAAUGUCUUUGAAAUGAGAGCCUCUUCUUGAUCACUUAAAACCUUUGGACGACCAACUGUUUUCGAACUGUCUUCGACCUAACGUAGUGCGUUCUACUUUGAAAGUUUCGGCUGCUAAUUUCCUCGACAUACCCGCAUCUACCGCUUGGCGCAAGGCGUUCUUUGAGUAAUUCCAGUAAUUUCUUUCUUCCGGAGUUUUUUUGUACGUAUGAACCAUUUUUAUAGUUUAUUUACCUGUAGCAAUAGAUAGCCGGCGAUAAAAUACAAAAUAACAUAACCUAAAAAAAAGUAAACAAAAAUACACGUGGUGUGCAAGUUACCCCGGGGUGGGCAAGUAGCCCCACAUUACGGUUCUUUACUUAUAGCGUUCGCGGUCGAUCGUUCGUUAAUAAAUAAUUUCAAUAGUUAACCUCUACAACUAUAUUAUUUUAAAUGUGAUACGUACUCUUGUAUUUAAAACUAUGCAUUCAUUAAAUACAGCAUAAAAAAAUCAGCUUUGGAUGUCAAAAUUUUUAUACAUUAAUACAAAUAAAAUUAAAGCCUGGAAGGAAUUCAAGCAUUUUCCUCUAAAAAGUUUGAAGAAACCUGAAACAAAAACUAAAAAUAUCAAAAAAAAUACAAAUACCAUUAAAUUCCAUGAAAAAAAAACGAAAAAUUUUAGUCGAAAACUGUAGGGAAAAAUCUGAAACACAACGGGUCAAAAAAAAACUGAAUAAUAACAAUAUAUAAAUAGCAUUAAAUGCCAAGAUCAUAUUUAGUGUAUUUGAGGCUGUCAAGAUUAAUUUUGGACUAUUUCCAAACAUUUAAGGUGAACUUUUAAGUUAUUUUCAGGUACUCUAAUACCUAUGAAACAAAUAUAUAUAAAAAAUAAAAAAUGAUUCCCAUUAUUAUUUUUAAAGUAUUAAUUCCAUAAAUUGUAAACAUAUAUAAAUUAAUUAAUUAUUAUGUCUCGUCGUAACCGAGCCGCAACAUAAUCUCAAGUGUCAAACUUGUCAAUUCACAUUACUGAUACCAAUCUAACAAACCGGGAUUACUGACAAAACAGGUCGUAUGACGUCGUAGCUAAAGGCGCGAAAAUCAAAUUUUAAAAUUAAAUACUACACCAUUGUUGACUGCCUGAGAGUUCUUUUCACCUAUUUCUAGUAUAUUUCAAGCAGUUGAAGUCAAUUCUAUAUUAUUCCUAAGCAAUUGCAUGGAAUUUGCUACUUUUUUAAAGGCACUUAAGCUCUGAAACCUCUAGAAAUGGCGUAAAUAACUGACUGAAUACAUACAAAGAAUACAAAUAUUUUAGUCUACAAAUUUUGGAAAAAUCUAAAUAAAACCUCAAAAAUUCCGAAAAUGAUAAACGACACUACAGAAAAAAAAGCAACGAAAAUAAAUUCAAGAAAAAAAAAGAAAUUUACUUUUGAAAAUUCCGAAAAAAUUGGGAAAAUUAACUUGAAAAUACAAAGUAAAAAAUACAAGUAACAAUAAAAUAAACAGAAAUAAUCUAACUUUGGAUAUAACCUAAAAAUGGGAAGGCACAAAUAACAUUAAAUCCCUGAAUAACAUUAAUCGAAGAUUUCAGGAACAAACCUAAAAAUAUUGAGUGAACACAACGUGCUGAAUAAAAUUCCAAAAAACAUUGGAAGGAAUAACCUGAAAAUGGUAAAAAUACAAGUAACUUAAAAUACCUAAAAGUAAAUCUGGAAAUUUUAAAAAAACUCGUAAAAAUGACUUGAUAACGGGAAAAUUAAAAAUGACUCUAAAGCAAGAAAUUCAUAAUGCCGUCAACUUCUUUAAUUUAUGUGUAUAUAUAAUUCGCCUUGAAAAUAACAGUAUACAGGUCCAAGGAUUCUUUUAAAUUUUAUGGGCCAACCUUUAUACAUUUUAUAUACCGGUUUGACCAAUAGAAAAACAGAAAUCAAUAUAUAACCCAAAAAAAUCGUCGGCCCUGUACACGUUAAAUAUUGGCCUCAUAUAGAUGCUCAAGAUCAUACUGAUAUACAACAAUGCACUCUUUAUAUUUUCUCAUUUAACCAAGAGAAAUAGAGAUAUUUGGGAAAAGUGGAGCUCAAUGGACUAAUGAGACUUUAAGUCAAAUUUAAAGCCCUAAAUCUUGCUAGACUGUUUUCAGUAGACAAGGUGUAUAGAGCUAUAAAUUUCUGCUGUCAGUUUUCCCGUACACUCAAGGAAGAAAUUUGUCCUACCGGUAUAAACACGAAAUUUAAAAUAUGUAUUUAGUUUCUUUACAGGAUGGUCCCAUGGCCAUAUUAUCGACCGCGAACGCUAACAUAUAAAAUAUUCCUAAAAUUAUAAACUAAUAAAUCAAUCAUAUCAAAUUUAUGUUUGACACAGGGUUGUGUGAUAUGCCAAUUAUAAUAUUAUAUCUUUGUAUUUUCCUAUAAUAUACCAUUAUAGGUCUUUAUCUAGCCAAAUUUAAUAGUGUUCGGAAAUUUAACUCUUGUAUAUACCCCUUUUACACUUUAUAUAUCAUUUAUUCUUAAGGUACUAUGCAUUUAAAUGUAGUAAAAAAUAUAUAUUGUACCUCAGAUGAAUAUGAAAAAUAGAUUUUCGAUGAUGCAAUCCGUCUACUAACCAAUCAUUGCAGAAUAAUUCAUCAUACAAAUAUUUAAUGAGAAUAUACAUUUAGUACAUAAGGGAAAAAAUAUAAAUGUAUUUUUAAGAAGAACGCUAAGACUAU